AUGAAUAUCAAUAAUCAAAGACGAAGCCCAGUGCAGCCUUAAUCAUAGCUAUUGAUGAAUAUAUUCAAAGAGAUAAAAAAUGAAUAGAUUGAUUUUAGUUUAAUCCCAAUACAUCACAUAGUGAAUUAAUAUGAAAAGAAAUUCUAAUUAGCUAAAUCAAAGUCAAUUCAAAGAAAAGGUGUUUUGCCACAACUAAAAUUAUCUAUAUUGCAUUUUAAAGAUCAAAUCCAAAAGCAAGUUCAAUAAUUACUUUCAAUAAUUGAUAAUAUUCUCAUAAAAGAAGCAAAUUCGUCAUAAUAAUAUUCAGAGUUAAAUGAUUAAAUUAAUAAAUUCUACUUAUUAGAUUAUGAACCUUUAUUGAAAUAACUUAAAGAAUUUGCCAAUGUUUAGAAGGAUGGCCUCCUUUAAAUAAAAAAAUUUGUUAAAAAGUUUGAAGGAGAUUGUAUAAAUUAUAAAAUUGUGGAAUCUUUGGAAUAAAAUAAAUUAUCAAAUGUGCUACUCUUCAAUCAUUAAAAUGACGUUUUUUUCUAAGGGAUUGGAGAGAAUGUAAAAAUUUGGUAAUUUAAAAAUGGGCAACUCUAUAAUAGCUAACUAUUGUAUGGUCACAAUCAAUAAAUUUAUUGCUUAGCUUGUAGCAAAAAUAAUAACAUGCUUGUUUCAGGAAGUGCUGAUAAAUCAAUUCGAAUUUGGGAGGAGAUAAGUCAUAAGAAUUGGUAAACAACUUAAAUACUAAAAGGACAUACUGGAUAUAUAUAUAGUAUAAUUAUCAACAAAUCAGAUGACUAAAUUCUGUCCAGCAGCAGUGAUAACUCAAUACUUGUUUGGGGGAAGAAGCAAAAUAUAUGGGAGUGCAUCUAAAAUAUAGAUGUUCAUCAAAAUUCUGUUUAUUAAUUGAGUUUCAACUAAUCAUAUACUCAGUUUUCUUCAUGCAGUUACGAUAGAAAUUUAAUAAUAUGGAGUCUAAAUCAGGAAUAAGAAUGGAAAAAAUAACAAAUCAUUAAGCAUUAAUCACAAAGCUUUAGAGCUUGUUUUAUCUAGGACAAUUAAAUAGUUCUUUAAUAAAACUCACAUAGAUACAUAGAAAUUUACACAAGGAACCAAGCAAAUAUUUUUGUAAAUACAUAAAAAAUAGAAUUGCAGUACCUGAAUGUUGAUCUUUCUAGUUUUAGUCCAUUGUAAUUUGUAGUGAAUAAAUAGAUAUUACUACUUAAACACAAUAACAAGACAUUAAUACUUAGAAGGAAGUAGAAUUGGAAAUUCUAAAUUGAAGAAGAAAUUGAUGAGGAGGGGGUAGGAACUUUAACAAAUGAUGGUAAAUAUCUUUUGUUAAUCAAUAACAAGCUGCGAUCAUUACAAAUCUAUGAAUAAUAAUUACAAUGA